AGGUUUCAUUUUUGUUAGGCAAACUAAAAAGAACAGAAAAAAAAGUAUAAAUUAACAUUCUUAGUGAACACGUUAUCCGAACUUUCGAACUCUCCGUCGUUCACCCUUUUCAGUCCUCACCGCAGCCAGCAUCGCUAAACCAGCAGCAAAUUUUUAAGGUUAUUCUUAUCUGUGUGAGUUUAUUAGAUUGUUGCAUAUUACUUAGACGGAGAAAAAAUGAAGAAUUUCAUGGCUGCAAGAAAAGAAACUGGACCUGAAGUUUCCCAAAAGAAACACCGCAGGUCAAGGAAACCCAAGUUUGAGGUUGGCAAACCAAAGCAAGUUAAUGAUAAGAAGAAAAAGGAUAAGAAAAAGAAGCAGAAACUGCGUACCCAGAUCGCCAAGCUGGGGCUGGAAGAGUUUGCGGUGAUAUUUGCCAAAAUUAGGGAAAGCAAUCGCCAGUUGAAAGAGCUGAACUCUGAGAUCGACGCUUACAUUCUUGAUAAGGUUGCUGCUUGGGAUGCUGAAGAUAACAAAGGCUUUUGAACAUUUGAUAUAUCUGGUUCUUAUUUAUCAAGCAGCUUCAAUUGAAUAAAAGAAGUGAAGACCAAGCAGCUUCAACUACUUAGGGUUUUUGUAUUGGUGUGUUUAUCUAUCUAUCAAGAACUAAAUUGGUGUGUUUUUGGGAUUGAAAGACGGUUCUCUUUGCAUUUUUAUUUCAUCUUAAAUAACUUAAUUUGUUCCACUUUGUGCUAUGAACAUUUUAUGUGUUUUUGGGAUUGAAAGACGGUUCUCUUUGCAUUUUUAUUUCAUCUUAAAUAACUUAAUUUGUUCCACUUUG